ACUAGCUGCUAGUCCCCGCCACGUUAGCUAGAAAGCACUCCACCGAUUCCAUUCCGCAGCGUAGGAAGUAUAAAUAACUUCGCGCUUUCGAAGCAUUCCCCUCCUCGCAUUUUUUUAGUGGUUUUUUUCUCUUUUUGUGUGUGUUGUCGACGUUUUGUAUAUUCGGCCAUGUUGUUCAAGACUAUUACGACGUGCUUACGGCUCAGCAAGUCCGCAAGGAUAGUUGGAAUUCGCGCUUGCACUACCUCCGCUCGCCCCGAAGAUGUUGCCAAAGAGUACCACCAUAAUUUUAGGACACGCACAGCCGAAGACAUGGCCGCUACGAACCCUUGCAACCUGAACAAACAAACUUUGAGUAAAUAUCUCAACUUACCGCAGCCAGAUGGAAUGGUACAGUGCACCUACGUGUGGAUUGAUGGAACUGGCGAAAAUGUUCGAUCUAAGACCAAAACAUUAGAUUUCGUACCCAAGAGCCCAUCAGAGCUUCCAGUUUGGGAUUACGAUGGUUCCAGCACCUACCAAGCCGAAGGGUCCAACUCGGACGUUUACCUGCACCCCGUGGCCCUCUACAACGACCCCUUCCGUGGCGGAAACAACAAGCUGGUGCUAUGUGAAACCUACAGGUUCAACAAAAAACCAACAGAUUCCAACAAACGAUCCUCGUUGGUGAAAGCAAUGGAGAAGGGCAAAGACUUCGUCCCCUGGUUUGGUCUGGAACAGGAAUACACUUUGCUCGAUACUGAUGGACAUCCAUUCGGGUGGCCAAAACAGGGUUACCCAGGACCCCAAGGUCCUUAUUACUGUGGUAUCGGUGCAACCAAGGCCUAUGGACGUGACAUUGUCGAAGCACACUACAGAGCUUGCAUGUAUGCUGGCAUCAACAUCGGUGGAACUAAUGCUGAAGUCAUGCCUGCACAGUGGGAGUUCCAGGUGGGCCCCUGUGAGGGUGUGUCCAUUGGGGACCAAGUGUGGAUGGCUCGCUUCAUCUUGCACCAAGUCGCAGAAGAGUUCGGCGUGGUAGUCUCUUUCGACCCCAAACCCAUGCCUGGUAACUGGAACGGAGCUGGGGCCCACACCAACUUCAGCACCAAGCAGAUGAGAGAAGCAGGAGGGCUCAAAUUUAUAGAAGAAGCCAUUGAAAAAUUGUCUCGCCAACACCAACGCCACAUUCAAGCUUAUGAUCCUCAAGGAGGCAAAGACAAUGAAAGAAGAUUAACGGGGAAACACGAAACUUCCAGCAUCCACGACUUCUCUGCAGGAGUUGCCAAUCGUGGAGCCAGCAUCCGCAUUCCUCGCCAAGUGGCCGAAAAGAAGAUGGGAUACCUGGAGGACAGGCGACCUUCCUCUAACUGCGAUCCUUACGCCGUAGCGGACGUUAUGAUUCGUACCAUUUGUCUAAAUGAAUAAAGGGUGGAAAAGUGAAUGUGGCUGAAAACUCGGCACUCAAUGUAUAUUUUUUAAUUUUAAAGAUAUUUUAAAUCAAAAUUUUGACUAAGGGAAAUAUCGAAUAUUUCACGAGGAAUUGUUAACCCAGAAGGCCUUUUCUCCCCAGAGAUAUGCUUUAACAGAAGCAUUUCUUAAUUUAUUUGCUAAAGAUCAAUUUCAACAAUGAAACAUUUUAAAAGUUUUGUGAUCAAACAUAUUUUUUUAAGUAGGCGGAAAACAAAUAGAUUUUGAACACCCUUAACUGAGAAUUAUGUUCAUUUAACUAUCAUUUAAUUAAAUACUUAAAAUAUAAUAUUUUCAAAAACUGAAAAAUUUUAAUGUCAUAACUAACUAUAAUAACUUUGUUCCAACAUCGAAGUGAAAAAAUACUUAAUUGUUUUGCAGUUGAGAUGAGGGAAAAAAAAUUUAAAAUUUCCCAGAGUGCAUUAAACUAUGAAUUAUGCCCAAUGCAUUGACAGGGAGGGGGUGAAAAGGUUUUCUAGGUUAAAUCUACAACGACAUUCAAUGCCGAUGACUGUUUUAUCACUAGGGCUGAGAACUUUCCUACGAGAUUUAAUAUUUUAAUGAUUCAAAACAUUUGUAUACUUUCAAAAACGCUUUUUUAAUCUUUUACACUGCCAAAACUUCAUAUUUUUCUAACUGCAGAAUCAGUUAUGUUAGUAAACUUUUGUAGAAUGAAUUUCUCAACUGAAAAAAUUAUCUUGCUUUUGACUUUUUAAAUAAAGAUAUUUUAUCAGCAAUUUGUUUUGAAAGAUGUCACAUUUUUCGACUUCAAAAAUUGCAUUUAUGUAAUCAAAGUGCCUUAGUUUUAGAAAAAGGUGUUGUGAUGUGAAUUAUGCGUUCUGAAAUGUAUAUUAAAUGUUAUUUUUUUCAAGUAACAAA